AUGAUCCGGCCUCCAACCACUGACUUCACUCGUCUCAACAUCAUCCCUUCAUCGAAUGGCCUUGUUAUGGCAGCUUACGAAGCCUACAGCCACCACCAUCACCUCAAGAUCCGACCUGAAGAUGUUUGGUUCACCAUCCUGACCCAGAUAACCUUCUACAUCAAUGCUCACGCUGAGGAACUUCGAUCGUCCUUCGUCAGCCAUGCAGGUAAAGAAGAACUUGUUGUGAUUGACUCUGGCAGUAUCGAAACUUUUGAUGCCGGAAAACUGGCGAUAUGGCUUACUGAAGCAAUGGACCAAUAUCUUGUUGAUCCAGGGCUUCGUGACUGGAUCAUGCCAAGCUUCACCACUACCACUCGAACAGAUACCGAGACCGCUGCCAUCAUCAUGAUGGGUGCGAUGCAAAAGUACUUCAGUUAUCGCAUGAGUUUGACAUGCGGAAUCCCUUCCGUUACUCUUUUAGGGGAAAAGGCUGACUGGGUUGACUUACGCCAGCGCCUUAACAAGCUACCUGAAUUCGGCAAGGAACCUAGACAAUUUGCCGCUCUACUAUCUCCCAUCCUCGAUUACUUCAUUGCUACAUUUGAGGAUGCUGAUAAUCACAGAGUUGUAGACUUCUGGACAAAGAUUGCAGACAAAGAGAGCAAUAGCUCAGGCCCGUCUUAUCUCUCGGGAUGGAUCACAGCCUUUUGCUUCUGGAACGGCGAAGGUAGAAUGCUGCACCGCGCAACCAGGGAUGCUUGUAACCUUGAUGGUACGUUGUACCAUCGGGUUGACAUAUCAGACAUACCUAGCGCUCAUAUGUCUGUACCGGUCGUGGUCGAUGAUGGUGCGCGCGAGUACAAGACCAAAAUGGUUGCCGGACUACUCGGUAUGGCGGCAUCUAGCAGUGGAGGAAAGCUGGACACCAGCCAAGGCCACAAGGCCUGGGUGAAGAAAGCGAUGUUUGGGCCUUCAGAGUUUGUAGAUGUAGCACCAGUAGUGGGCAAAGAUACUGGACUAGAUACACUGCAACCUGUCGCCGGCUGGUUCAUGUACGAGGUGAAAGAUCCUGGUCUUUCUGGAGUGUUUGGAAGCCGGGCAUAA